AGUGCGAGUUUAUGGUUUGUAAAUCAGCUCUGCGUCACAUGAACGCACUCAUUCAAACGCACAGGUCAGGAUCGCUUUCACAACAGCGAGACACCCGGAAGGUUCAAACGCGCGACCAGCAACUCAGCAUGAAUCGCUUCAAGACGUCCAAAUAUAAGAACAGCACUCCCAAAAUCCCCAAGAAAGAUGGCUGGAUUGCGAACGUGCGAGGAGCUUCCUUCUCUUCUCAGGGCAAGCACAUCAAAUCCAGCUGCAGUCUCGUGGCCUUCAACACAGAUCAGGCUGGAGGUGGGAUGGUCGGCCUGUCUUCUGUGAACGCCGCAUCUGACGGGAAGUGGACCGUGACCCAGAUUUCAUGCCAUGCUGACCUCGUGACCGACCUGGACUUCUCGCCAUUUGAUGACUAUCUGCUGGCGACCUGCUCGGCUGAUGAGACGGGCUGGAUUGCGAACGUGCGAGGAGCUUCCUUCUCUUCUCAGGGCAAGCACAUCAAAUCCAGCUGCAGUCUCGUGGCCUUCAACACAGAUCAGGCUGGUAUGAACACUGUUCUUCACUAUCAGCACUGA